CAGCAUCCUUUCACAGCAUGUACGUCCAUGCUGUGGAGACCUGAGCUACACUGCAGGAUCUGAAGGCAACCUUGUCAGUGGUACAUACAUCUACUGUACCACAUCGGGUCGCCUCCCACAUGGUUUUACAUAGAGCAUCAGCAGGAUCAGCAGGUGGAGAGGUAUGCUGAGAAUGCCUCGCAAGCCCAGACUACCUGCUGCGGCCGUCUACCUGCUGCUGCUGAGCCUAGGCCUCCUGCUCUACGUGUCAGUCAGGGGGUCCCAGGAGGAGCUGGGGGUGGCUGGGCCCAGCAGGCAGCAGCAGCAGCAAGCAGGGGUGGAAAAACAGCAUCAGGCUGGUGCUGCUGAUGCUGUCAGGACUCGAAAUAUCAAAUGGAAGAAGCGAGGCCGGACUAAGGAACAGCUGACUAAUCCACAUGACUUCCAUCUCAUGAUCAAUAAUGUCAACACUUGCAACAGUGACACCACUGUGUGGUUGCUGGUGUUGGUGAGCUCAGGUGUGGCCAACUUCCAUCGUCGGCGGGCCAUCAGGGACACCUGGGGCGGGGCCACACCUCUGGCCUCCUCCCACGCUAAGUUGGUCUUCCUCCUGGGCAACCCCCACAACACAGACCUCCAGACACAGGUGGUGGAGGAGUCUAGAACGUACGGGGACAUCAUCCAGGAGGACUUCACGGACUCCUAUAUGAACCUGACUCUCAAGUCUGUUAUGGGACUCAAGUGGGCGUCGAGGUACUGUCAGCGGGCCAGCUUCGUCAUGAAGACGGAUGAUGACAUAUUCAUCAACAUGCCCAAACUCAUCACCUACCUGCAGGAGGCUCGUAGGUCCAGGUGGAUCACAGGUUGUAUCAAGCAGAAGAAAUCAUUCCGACCAGUGAACGUUCCUGCAGGACUCCCACUGCCUCCCGUACACCCUCUCUUCGUAGCUGGAGCUGGUUAUGUGAUGUCUGGAGAUAUCGUGAGAGAGCUGUACACAGCCUCCCUCAACACCCGCAUCAUACCUGUGGAGGAUGUUUACGUCACAGCUCACCUGGCCCGGGUGAUCGGUGUUCACCCGCCCGUGCACGAUACCCGCUUCACCUGUGGCGAGAUGGUCAACGACGAUUGUGACCUGGUGCAGGUGUUCACGGGUCACAAGAUCACUCCGGAGAGAAUGUACCAUAUAUGGGAGAAGCUCAACCCCAAUGGGAUAACCAGCCCUUGCUUUGACUUCUGAGAACGUCGAUGCUGCAACAUUCCUUCAACAAUUUGCUCUCAACUGUGCAGGUCUUAACGAACUACCAAGCACAGUGAUACUACAUAAUACUCCGACAAUUCUCGGUACUGUCAUUGGUGUGGUAGACCAGAAGUAAACAACUCAAGACUAGAGGUUAAUAUCCAAAUAAUCCUUACAUAUACGAUGAAGAGCUUUUGGUCAUAUGAUGUAGGCCUUCCGCUGGCUGACCGGUCUACGCCUUGAAGAUUAUUAGGACGCAUAUACAACACUUGGGUAUCUUUACUGCGGAGACGUUUCACCAGUCAUUGGCUUUAUCAGUCCAAUACGGAGAAUAAUACUGGAGAUGGAAGGUGUGAAUCAGAAGCUGGAGGUGAUCAGUCCCUCAGCCUGGAAAUAAUGUGUUUAGUUCGCCAGUUUUGAUGCACUGAACGCUGACUUCGACAGUCGAAUUCAGCGCAGGGGCCGAGAAGGGACGUAAAAGCCAAACACAGACGCAGGAACCAAGUGGCAACAAUGACGUCCCGCUACAGACCACAAGAUCAGUACAAAUCUUCUAGCAAAAGACCAAGUUUAAAAAAAUUCUUGUGUGUGUAAGACACGAAGGAGCAGGACGGUUGUGUUCAUGUUGAUGACCUGUCUGUAAAACACUCGUGAAAUACGAAGAUCACUGCGAUCUUCAGUGACCUUAUGAAGGUCACUGUGACCUUCAGUGCAGUGUAAAGCAUGAAUCUAAUAUUGAUAUCAUUUGUGUGUGAGCUGACCGAGUUGUGCCUUGAUGUGGCCGAGCUACAGCUCCCGGCCCCGCUUCUCACCAGUAUUGUGUCUUAUUGUUCUUUACCCUAACCUUGUUUUAUGUGAGAGUUUCGAGGGACAACAGAGAAUAGAAUAACAUUCUGAUUCUACGAGAGAUGUUACCAGUGAUCAUGUAAAGGAUCACACUCCACAAGAGAUGUUACCAGUGAUCAUGUAAGGGAUCACACUCCACAAGAGAUGUUACCAGUGAUCAUGUAAAGGAUCACACUCCACAAGAGAUGUUACCAGUGAUCAUGUAAAGGAUCACACUCCACAAGAGAUGUUACCAGUGAUCAUGUAAAGGAUCGGACUCCACAAGAGAUGUUACCAGUGAUCAUAUAAAGGAUCAGACUCCACAAGAGAUGUUACCAGUGAUCAUAUAAAGGAUCAGACUCCACAAGAGAUGUUACCAGUGAUCAUGUAAAGGAUCGAACUCCACAAGAGAUAUCACCUACAGUCAUACACAAACAAACACACACACAGGGGUACAAUAAGUGACGUUCGGUUUUACUGACUAAUAAAACCAACGUCACGACUACAUGACGCCAAGAAAAGACUGACAGUAAUAAAGCAACAUAGACGAGGGGAUGUUGAUAGUAUGUUGAGGGUGACGUCAGGUGUUGAGGGUGACGUCAGGUGUUGAGGGUGACGUCAGGUGUUGAGGGUGACGUCAGGUCUUGAGGGUGAUGUCAAGUGUUGAGAGUGACGUCAAGGGUGGUGGGUGACGUCAAAUGUUGAGGGUGACGUCAAGUGUCAUACGUCAUAAUCAUUCCUUAUGUAAAUAUGUAAAUACACAAAGAUGGAAACAUACAGCGAAGAGGCGGGGCCCAAGAGCUAUGAAUCGACCCCUCCAACUACAUAUAGGUGAGUACAUACACAUGAGUACAUUCAUGUUCUGUGAAGUGAACACUAGGACACCACCACCAGCACCAGCACCACCACCACCACCAACAGCACCAGCACCACCACCACCACCACCAGCAGCAGCAGCAGCACCACCACCACCACCACCACCACCACCACCACC